CUUGUCUCCUAUAUACGCACGCCCCCAAAACCCUAACCGUCAAAGAGUUCAGACUCGAGAGCCCCAAAUUUCACACUGACUACAAAAUUUUUGAGCAGGCAAAGUCAUGGCAGAGAUAAAUCACCAAGAAGAACCUACAUUGUCCGCGAAGCGCAAACCCGAUCUCACCUGCGAAGGCAACCCCAAGAAAACUACGAAACUAGAAGCUCCUCCCGAUAACAACAUCGGUUCCUCGGUUUUCAAAGAGGAAAACAACUUUCUAGAAUCUUCUGAACACAAUUCUUCAACAGCUCAAAAGAAGGACUGUAAAUUCGAGACCGAUUUACUCGCCGAAGCCGAAGACGAAGACGAGGACGAGGACGAGGACGACUAUGAAGACGAAGAAGAGGACGAAGACGAAGAAGAUGAAGAUAGUGAGGACGGUAAUGGGAAUGCUGAGGUGGACCAGAGGGGAAAGGGUAUGGUGAGGGAUGACAAGGGCAAAGGCAAAUUGAUUCUAGAAGACGAAGACGAAGACGACGGUAGCGAUAUAUCGAACGGUGAAAGCGAUUUAUCGGACGAUCCGUUAGCGGAGGUCGAUUUGGAUAACAUUCUGCCGUCCAGGACUCGGAAGCGGACGAUUCAGCCUGGGGUUUACAUUGCUAGUGAUCUUGGUAACAACGACGAUGAUGGCGACGGUGGCGAUGCGUGAGGAUAAGGAAUGGAAGCUCAUCAUGAAAUUCUGGGGGUCCAGUGUUUGCUGGCAGUGCCAUCACUGGGGGUUAUGGGCAGUCGGGACAGUAUGUAUACGUGGUUGUUUCUCGGAAACUGACUUGCUACAAGGGGGAAAUAGGAGGCUGUUGAGGAUUUGGUUUGGGUUGUUUGAUUUUGCAAGACAAAGCUACUUGUAAGCCCGGUGUAUAUGUACUACGUGAUUGAACUCUUAGUGGUAGUUUAUUAUAUGCCAAAAAAAAAUAUAUAUAUAUAUAUAUACAAUGAAUUUAUUUUAUUGGCAUCGAAGUAUCCGGGGAUAGCGUCCUGACUAAUUUGGGCUUCUACAGUAAUGCAGUAUCAUUUUUUAAAAUUGAGAAACUGGUUAUUACUCGUGGUAUUAACUAUUUGGAAUUGGAAACCUGGUUUGGCAUCUCUGUUUCAAGGUCAAUUGAAUGUGUUGGUAGUGGUUGUGGAUUUUUUUGUUGCGACUUUAUUGCAACUGUUACAUGGAGUGAACUGCAAAAAGAGAGGACGGGAUGCUGAUUAUGUAUAUGUUUACUGGCCAAAACAAAGGGGAAUUCUAUAUGGUUGAUAGACUUGAAUUGCAUGGACAGCUACUGCUGAUUUAUCAAUAAAAGGAGAUUUGUAUGAUGGCCUCCUCCUCAACAAAUGGCAAUAUUAUUAGACAAUGGCUUUAUGGAUGGGCUCUUUGCUUGAAAGAUAUCUACUCCUUCAAGACUCGUGCAACCUGAUCAUUCAUUUCCUUCUUUCCAACCAUUUCAAAACCCCAUUUACGCCGCGCCUGCACCAUAUCAUCAACAGUAGAUAUGCUAGUAAUUCGCCUGGAACUUUGCUCAUUGAAUAUUGUUUUGUGUUUGGUCGUAAGCAAGUUUUUUUUUUUUUU